UGUGAGUGUCAGCAGUUGCUGGGCAGAAAAUGAAACACAGGUUACUGGCAGUUACUGGCAGUGAGAGAGGAAACGUCGGGCUCUGACCCCCCCCCCCGUGGGAGAAGAUGACGCUGAUCCGGGUGUGUGUGAUUGCCCUGUGUAUCCUGUACUCUCCAGCGCUUGGGGGUGAGUCAGUGAGAGUGGCCACCUACCUGUAUGGCUCCGCCCAGCUCCCAUGUGACUUUCCCUUUGUCACCGGCUCCCAGGAUGUGGUCGUGACGUGGCUGAAAGUGGCGGAUAUUGCCGGCGGCGCCGAGCAUCUGGUGGUGCACAGCUACAGGGAUGGGCGGGACCUCUCCGAGUAUCAGAACCCACUGUACAAAGGUCGGACUCACAGGCCCAAAGGGACAUUGGAUCUGAUCCUGACCAAUGUGACCACUGAUGAUGAGGGAACCUAUAUCUGCCAGGCAGCCAAUCAGAAGUCCAGAGGAUCCAAGGAAAUCCUGCUCUCCAUAGACAGGUUAAAUGCAGAAGAUCCGACCGUUACUGUUGUUUCCAUCGAUGGGGAGAAGAGGCUGAAGUGCGUGAGUUCGGGGGUGUACAGAGACCCCCGGGUUGAAUGGCACGACAGGGAAAUGACAGAUCUCUCCACCUAUGGAAGUCUCACCGUCACCGACGCGGGGGAUGGGAGGAAGGUGGUGGAGUCGGUGCUGAGUUUCCCGUAUGAGCCCAACCACCAUUACUUCUGCCACGUGAAGGAGGGGGGGCUGAAACGAUCCGCCAGGGCCGUGGAGUCAGAUAAAGCUGUCGAUGUUGAUGAUGAACUGUGAUCUCCGGCAGUGAGAAGUCUUACGUUUCCACCGGGAUUGUCAGCUUUUAGCUUCUUUAGUUUGGAUUGUGGUGUUAAUAUCAGUUAAAGGGGAAGUAAAGCUUAUAUUUUCCUACAAUCAUCACUUACAUUUAUAUCUGCAAACAGCCUACACACAGACCCUUAUUCAGCUUACAUGUCAUCAAGAAUUCGGGCUUACACAGGCAGAACUGCUUUGUUUGAGCUGAGCUCAGGAGAGAAGGUUAGGAGGAAAAGAUAGGAGUUGAUGGCUAGAGCUGAGUUUCUAUGGAAACAGCAAUGCCGUCUCUUCAUUGGCUGCUAGACUGGGGGGCGUGUUUGGUGACCUGAGCUGGGAAGAACUGAGCAUGCCCAGUAGCCAAGAGCCAAAGUCAAUUCCUGGGGGGUGAUUAAGGGGGUGCGGCAGCUUUACUAUGCAAUAGUAACAUACAAUGUUUUUUUGCAAUAACCAUACAGGAUGAAUAAGGGGAGUAAUAUUGUCCUUGAUUUUGAAGGGGAAGGAAAGGCUAAUAAAGAGUUAAUCCCAAGCUGCAGGCAUAUUUCUCCCAUUCAGAUGAUCUGAAGCCAAACAGGAAAAGAAAGUUCCCAUAAUGCCUCGCUCCUGUGAGGAAGCUUCCUGCUGAUUGGGUCAGAUCCACAUUCCUAAGGGGGGGGGGAGUCCUUAGCAUUAGCAGAGAGAGCAGAGAGCUGCGUGUCUCUGGCACAGGAAAACAAAGAGACAAGAAAUCCUGUGUUUCUUUUGACAGAGGACUCUCUGUGAGGGCUUAGGGCUGUAUUUCCAUUGACCUUUCUGAGUUUGUACCUUUCCUUCCCCUUUAAUCACGCAAGUUAUGUGCUGAAUAGGAGUGAAGGUAAUAAUACACACACGUUAUUUUGCUGUUGUUUGUUCAUUGGUUUGGCAGGCGCUAAAUAUCAGCCAAUGAAAGUUGUUGAUUUUGAAUUUCACAUAGUUUAAAGCUCACAGUUCCAAGUGGGCAAAUACUGCAAGUUGUGGGGUAUAAACACCAAUGAUCUUGUGUCUGUAGGUUACGGGAAUGUAGGGAAAGGGGGCUCUGUUCUCUCUUUCCAAUAGGGAUCGACUGAACCCCUGAGCCCACCCUGAUGGAUUCUGCAAAUGGCCGACUAUAUGGAUACGGGGUCCCGGGUUUGGCUGGGCUUGCUGUGGCCCCCGGGGGCCCCGUGUCGGCCAAACUGAAUGGGAUAAGAAAUCAUUUCUGUUGUAAUAAUAAAAUAAAGCUUUUUUAGAUAUAAACAAAAAUAACUGAUCCAUUGUGCUAAGGAGGUAAAAUGCUUGAGAACCUUUAGAAAUAAAUGUUAAUAAUAAUAAAAUAAUAAUAACCUGCU